AUGACCCAACAAACCCUUUCACCAGCUUUCCAAUCCUUACCAAGUGAGCUAAUUAGUGCCAUCUGCAACCUACUUCCAAAUCGCGACGUCAAGAACCUGCGCCUUACCUAUCGAUAUCUGAGAGAUAAAUCUCCGUUACGAUUUAAUCGCGUCUAUAUUUCUGCCAAUCCACGCAAUAUAGAGGUUUUAACUGCCAUUGCCAACCACGACGUUUUCCGCCAUCGUGUCAAGGAAAUUAUCUGGGAUGAUGCUACCUUGAAGAGUAUUCCUGACAGAGAUGGCGAUGGCCCUUGUGGCUAUAGUGCAGACGAGAGGGAUCCUGACGACCUUGCUGCGAAUGAGGAUAAAGAAUGGAUCUCAAGGCGCUUUGUUCAACUUUGUAAAGAGAGCAUCUUCCUAACCAGCAGUCGCCUAGAACAGAAAUAUGGGCAGCAAGGAGACAACGACAGCGAAGAACAGAGGCAGCUUGAUAACUUAAUGCCUUCUCGAGAUUCAAUCGCGUAUUGGAAUCUGCUCAUAAAGCAGCAAGAGGCAGUAUUGGAGUCCGGGGCAGACGAGACAGCCUUUCGAUACGCCGUGCAACGCUUCCCUCGACUCAAUAAGGUCACUGUCACGCCAGCAACCCACGGCUAUCUCUUUAUGCCCUUCUAUCAGACACCAAUGAUUCGUGCCUUCCCUUCAGGAUUCGUUUACCCAUUGCCUCGAGGAUGGCCGUCUGAUGAGCGCCUUGGAUAUGAUCGUCCGGAUGGGUAUCCUGAGGGCUGGGAGAACUACGAGGAGAGGAAACAAUGGCACGGUUUCUGCAUCGUCACGAAGGUAUUGGCUGAGUACGCCGAAACUCUCCAGAUCUCCGAGCUUGCUCUCGACAGUCAUAAGCUUCCGACAGGGAUUGACUGCUCUUUCUUUGAAAAUCCCAACGUUGAAUAUGAUAAUCUUUGCAAGAUUUUUGAGCAGCCAGAUUUUAAAAGCUUUACUCUCUCAUUGAUUACGGCAUACGUUGCGGACCUUGAUGUUGAAGACUGGGACUUCUAUCGAGACGGAAGAAUUUCCAGUCUCCUCGCUAGAGCACCCGACCUAGAGAGAUUCGUGUUCCAGACGGAUUACUGGAAUGGCUUUGGAGGAGUGUCAACAGAAGAUUUCGUCUCAUUCUUGGAUAUGUUCCCUAUAGUCAAGUGGUCAACAGGAAAGCUAAAGCACUUUGGACUUUUCGGUAUGCAAGUUACGCAGGACGAUCUUAUAUCCUUUCUCGCCAAGCUCCCGUCGACACUUGAAUCUGUCGAACUGAGCUUCCUAUCUAUGGUUGAAGGUAGUAAUUACGCUGGACUUUUGAGAGACAUACGAGACAAACUAGGUUGGCGGCACCGACCCAGCAGCCAAAGAAUUCAUGUUGGUAUUUCCGUGCCGCCAGUGAAUAUCGAUGGUUUCGGUCGCUAUAUUUGUCUGGAUAAGGAGGUUCAUGAGUACAUCUAUGGCGAUGGCCCCUCACCAUUUCAUAUCUCUGGGGGAAUCCCAGCAUCACUUAUCCCGUCUGGGACUGGCAUUGUACAAGACGAGUUCGACCCCAACCUUAGGAACAGUGAUGGAAAACGGUAA